AUGCUCCGCAAAAGAGCCUGGUAUGCCGAAGGCUACGAGUUCGACCGCGAGAUGAUGAAUAUCGACCAUAUUGAUCACUGCAUCGACAGUAUUCGGCAGAGUCUCAUGUGUUCGGCGGAUGUUACUCCUCUUACGUGGGCCUGGGAUGAAGAGGAUCAAAUGCUAGAGCCGGUGGCUGCAAUUACGCAUACUUGUAGGGAUUUUGAUGCGGUUAGGGAGUGGGCGAAGGAGAAUAUUGUGAGGGAGUUUGAUACUAGUGUGCAUGUUGAACCGGGUGUUUGA